UGCAAAGAACAGGCAGAGAAACAACGAUGGACAUACAAGAGACAGAGAGAGAAGACAGGGCCUGGAACGCGGCGGCUCCUCUAAUCGCCCUCUAAUCGCAUUACAAAUCGCAUUACAAAGCUCCUAAUCACCCGCCGCCAUUACAAAUCGCCGAUUUAUCUAAUCUUCCCAUUCCUCAUCCGCCAUGGCAUACCCUGCAGCCCAGAGCCGCUUCUCCGCGAGUGCACCGCUCCCCACCACCCCGCUCGCACGCAGGGACUCGGCACGCACCGCGCCACACCCCUCGCUCCAGCAGCAGCUCUUUGGCCCGCCCGCAGCCGGCGCCGCACCCCCCAGCAUCGUCGACAGGCCGCUCGCACGCACAAAGGGCGCAGAGGUCGCCGUGGGCGCAUGGGCAUUCAUGUUUGCAGAGAUCGUUGCAUACAGCCAGAGCAGGGCGGACAGCGUGUCCGAUCUCGAAGCGAGGCUGUCGUCAUUAGGCUACGAUGCAGGCCAGAGGCUCCUCCCGCUGCUGCUGUUGCGCAACACCCAGGCGGCCGGGACCAAAGAACCCAAAAGGGAACACCGCCUCGUUCCGAUACUCCAAUUCAUCCAUACGCAGGUGUACCGCUAUUGCUUUGGCAGGGCCGCAGACGGUCUCGAGCGCAGCGUCGAGGAAGAAAAUGAAUACAUGAUCACGCUGAACCAGCCGCCUCUGACCCAGUUUAUAUCUGUGCCCAAGGACAUGUCGCAGCUGAGCUGCGAGGCGUAUACCGCGGGGAUAGUGGAGGGUGUACUGGACGGUCUCGAGGUGCCUGCCCGCGUCACUGCACACACCGUGCCGACCGAUGCGUUCCCCCAGCGGUCAGUCAUCCUCAUCAAGCUGGACCAGAAAGUGAUGGACAGGGAAGAGGCGCUGGGCAAGUAAUGUAGACUGUGCAUAUGCAUCAUUCAUUAUCCGCU